AUGCCGACAGCUGCCCAGCUGACCAUCACACCCAUCCCAGCUCAGCCACUCGAAGGGGAUAAUGUCACGCUGGCUGUCCAGGGCUUGGCUACAGAAGGGAUCAUAUCCUUCAACUGGUUUCGGGGUGGGAGCACCGAGUUUGACCAGCAGAUUCUAACCUACCGUGUGCUCUCAGGGGGCAUGUCACUCGGCCCUGCCCACACAGGCCGGGAGACAGUGAGCCCAGACGGAUCCUUACAUAUUGCUGCCAUCAACCUCAAAGACAUAGGACCCUACACUAUACGUGAGAUCAUGACGGACAUCAACUACCCAGCACAGAACAUCUACCUGGCUGUGUUUGAGAGGCUGGCCCCACCUGCCAUCAUGCCCUCCACUUCAGCACCUCUGGAGCUUCAGGACUCUGUGACCCUCAGCUGCCAGUCCCCAAGCCUGGAUGCCACCUUCCAGUGGUAUAUCGACAAGGAGCCCGUGGCAGGUGGUGAGCGGCUGGAGUUGUCCCCGGACCAGAGGAAUCUGACCAUCCACCAGGUUUCCCGGGCUGACACAGGACCUUACCAGUGUGAGGCCAAGAACCCCGCUAUCACCAGUCUCAGUGAGCCCCUGCUCCUCAAUGUCAUCUACGGACCGGAUGUUCCCACAGUGACCACCUCUGACAUCAGCUUCAUCCUUGGGUUCAACCUCACCCUCUCCUGCUCCACCUCGUCCAACCCUCCGGCCCAGUACUCGUGGAAGAUUGAUGGUGACCCUGGGCCAGAUGGCCAGCAGCUCUUCCUGUCUGCCAUCCACCUGGGCACCGCUGGCAUCUACACCUGCGAGGCCAGCAACCCUGUCUCAGGCACCCGCAGUGCCAUAAACACCUUGAUUGUCAUCCCUGAGUACAUGCCCCAGCCCAGCAUCCUGGCUGACAACGUGACCCCCGUGGAGGGCAUGGACUCCGUCACACUCAUGUGUGUCUCCGCAAAGCAGUCGGCAACCAUCAGGUGGUUCAAAGACAGCAGCCUGCUCCCCAACACGGGUCCAGGGGACCUGUCCCCAGACAACAGUGUCCUCACCUUCUGGAACAUUACACGGAACGACACAGGGCUCUACCAGUGCGAGGCCAGCAACUCCGCCACCUCCAGCCUCAGCACCCACCUCCCAGUGAAUGUCAACUAUGGUCCUGAUACCCCUGUGAUCAACUCCAUGGAUUCCACCUUUGAGGUUGGCUCCAACCUCACUCUUUCCUGCUUCGCCAACUCCAACCCACCUGCUGAGUACACGUGGAUGGUAGACGGGAGUCCAUGGGCAGCAGGACAGAUUCUCUCCAUCUUAGAUGUCUCACUGAAUAGCUCAGGGCUGUACAGCUGCCACGCUGCCAACGAAGACACAGGCUACCAGAGCACAACCCAGCUGGAAGUCUCCAUCAAAGGCAGGGGCCUCUUUCUGUCAUCCCUCAGCCACUAUCUUACCCAUUAA